AUGAGCAUAUGCAUUGCAAUGGAACAAGAGGUGCCCGAUGUCCCGGGGGUUCAUGUACAUCCACCGGCCACCUUUUCCACACCGGAUCCGCCAGCUGGAACACCGCAGUUCACAGAGAUGAAGUCAGACGAAGUACUGCAUGCCUUGAAGCGUCUCCACCGUUCUGGAGUUGGGUCGGAGUUCUCAGACUCGGAGUCGGAUGUAGACGCCGGCAAGAUCCAACUGCAAACCCACCUCUGCUGGCAGGAGGAUGCCCAGGUGAGAACCACGCAGCAGAAAUCAAAGAAGCUGGCCAGCAUGGAUCCAACCGCAUCCUCGAACCUGGCAGGCACAAGCAGUGCAUCAAGAUCAAGCACUUGCAUGAUGCUGCAUCCCAGCGGUACCUUCCGGUCUUGCUGGAACUUGCUGGUGGCUGCCGGUGUAAUGUUCGACCUUGUUGUCACUCCCUUGCUUGUGUUUUCACUUCCGAGCUGGCUGUCCAGAUAUCCGGUGUCGCUUGUGGUCCACCUUUUUUGGAGCGUUGACUUUGUGCUCACCUUCCUCACCGGCUACUACCAGAAAGGCUUCCUCAUCAUGGAGCGUUGCAAGGUUGCGCGAAACUAUGCUCAGAGUUGGAUGCUCUUUGAUUUGGUCUUGAUCCUCAUUGACUGGAUUGUCGACAUUCUGGAUCUGCUGACUGCAGACAGCCCAUCGUCCGUUAGUCGUUCUGUGCGGAUGCUGCGGCUUCUGCGUCUGGUGCGUGUCAUGCGAGCGAUCAAGCUUCGACGCGGCUUCACGGCAAUGCAGGAUGUCAUCCACUCUCAGAGUGCCAGCUUGUACCUGAACUUUAUGGUAAGCCUUGGUCAACUUCUGAUGCUGGUUCACUGGGUAGCCUGUGGCUGGUUUGGGGUGACUUGGCUACACACCGAGAACUGGGUGGCAUCCAGUGACUUACGUUUCCGGGAUUCGUUCUUCCAGUAUCUGACAUGUGUUCUGUGGGCCUUCUGUCAAUUGGGUGUGGGCGAGAGCCCGUGGCAGCCGACGAACACAACCGAAAUGAUGCUGAACAGUGUUAUCGCUUUCACGGCUCUGAUCACCGCUGCCAUGCUCAUCAGCACGAUGGGUGGCCUCAUUGCAGGGCUACGGAAACUCCAUGAGGACGAGAAGACAGAGUUUAGGCUCCUGCGUCGGUACUUGCAGAAGCACGACAUUCCUCUGGAUCUUGGCCAUCGGGUGACUCAGUUCCUAGAGUAUCAGUACACGGAGAGGCAGCUUGCCCGCUCGUCGCAGAUGCAGGUGCCCCUCCUCGACCUCCUCUCUCGGCCGAUGUUGCAAGAGCUCCAUUUUCAGCAGCAUCGUGUGGCACUCUGCAAAAUCGGUGCGAUCAAGGCCUUGCUGACAGAGGACGAU